AUGGAGGCAGAGAGCCUUAAAGAGGGAGCCUUGAUAGGAGAUUGUCGUUUUCUAUCUAACGCGUGCUUGUGUAGCAACAAAUCCCUCAAUCCGUUGCUGCAGCAGCAGGAGCGGCAGCACUGCCAGCACCACCAGCAGGAGCAACAGCAGGACCAGCAGCAGCACAAGAAUCAGCAGCAGCCGCUGCAUGCGAAAAUAUGGUGUGUGUAUGUGUUGCGUAUGUUUGGGGUGUACAGACCGCGGAAUACCCUGAAAAUGGGGAUGGUGGGGUUGCCAAAUGUUGUUCCUGACGAUCGUUUUCGUUGGUUAUGCGGCCAUUUUAAACCCAAGAGUGAAGUCUCUGCCACUUUAUCUAUUUUUGAUAUUGCUGGUCUUGUGCCAGGGGCACAUAAGGGAGAAGGACUUGGCAAUGCUUUCUUGUCUCAUAUUCAGGCAGUAGAUGGCAUAUUUCAUGUUGUACGAGCAUUUGCAGACGAGGAGGUUGUGCACAGUGAGGGGGAAGUUGACCCCGUUAAGGACUUAGCAACAAUAGCAUCUGAGUUACGUUUAAAGGAUUUAGAGAGGGCUCAGCGUCUAUUAGAGGAUCUGCAGAAAUCCUCACGGCAGCAGAAGGCAGCGGACAAAGCAAAAAAACUCCAAGAGGAGGUGCUGCAGUCUGUCAUCAAGAUGCUGGAGGAGGGGAAAUGGGUGCAGCAGGGAAACUGGAAGGCUGCGGAGGUGGAAGUGCUCAACGAGCAUCAGUUUUUAACGGCAAAGACAGUUGUCUAUUUGGUAAAUAUGAGCGAAAAGGACUUUAUCAGACAAAAGAACAAAUGGCUAGCCAAGAUACAUGCAUGGGUACAGGAAAACGUACCGGGACCCAUCAUUCCUUACUCCGCAGUCUUUGAAAACAAACUUGCGGAACUACCAGACGACGAGGCAAGAGAAAACUAUAUCAAGAGCAGCGGGGCAUCCAAGAGCAUGUUAGACAAGAUAAUUCAAACGGGCUAUCAUGCACUGCACUUAAUUCAUUUCUUUACUUGUGGGGAGGACGAGGUUAAAUGCUGGACUAUUCGCCAAGGCAAGCUUUACCACUGCAUAGGAGACGAAUACAGUAAAACCCUAUUAGGGUAUAAUACGAGUGUAUUAAAAGGAGUGCAAGUUGAUCCUCUGCUGCUAUGUUCAGGUACAAAGGCCCCUCAGGCUGCUGGAGUGAUUCACACAGACUUUGAGAGAGGCUUUAUCUGUGCUGAGGUGUACAAGUACAACGAUCUCGUCGAACUUGGCAGCGAAAAUGCAGUUAAAGCAGCGGGAAAAUACCUGCAAAAAGGGAAGGACUACGUGGUGGAGGAUGGAGACAUAAUAUUUUUCAAAUUUAACGUAACGAACAGUGGAAAGAAAUAA